UAUGAUCCCACCCUGAUCACUACUGCAUUUGUUUCCACUCCAAGCGAGUGUAGCUCCGAUUCCACUCAUUGGAUAUCUCCUGCAUCAGAAUCUUUUUUAAAUUGUAUUUAUUUAUUUAUUAUUUAUUUACUGAUGUCAACUUGCAGAGGACUACUAUCUGAGACUCUCCUAGGAAGUCAUUUGUUAGCUGUGCUGUAGGGCUGUGGCCUUCUCUCAGCAGUAACUGCACCACGGCGCUCUCCAUCCUUCCAAGGCGGCGGAGAUGGCGGACCCGUCGGAGUGCAGUAUCAAGGUGGUGUGUCGUUUCAGGCCGCUGAAUAAAUCCGAGGUCGCCCGUGGAGACAAAUACAUCCCGAAGUUUCAAGGGGAGGACUGUGUGCAAAUCGCGGGUAAACCCUAUUACUUUGACCGGGUAUUCCAGUCCAAUACUACUCAGGAGCAAUUCUACAAUGCAGUGGCUCAGAAGAUUGUCAAAGAUGUCCUUGGGGGCUACAAUGGCACAAUAUUUGCCUACGGACAGACAUCCUCUGGUAAAACACACACAAUGGAGGGCAAUCUCCAUGAUGGUGACAUGAUGGGAAUCAUUCCUAGAAUUGUCUGUGACAUCUUUAAUUAUAUUUAUUCUAUGGAUGAGAACCUGGAGUUUCACAUCAAAGUUUCUUAUUAUGAAAUCUAUCUGGACAAAAUCAAAGACUUGCUGGAUGCAACAAAGACCAACCUUUCAGUCCAUGAAGAUAAAAACAGAGUACCCUAUGUAAAGGGGUGUACCGAGCGCUUCGUGUGCAGUCCCGAAGAAGUCAUGGACGCCAUUGAUGAAGGCAAAAACAGCAGAAGCGUGGCUGUCACAAACAUGAAUGAGCACAGUUCAAGGAGUCACAGCAUCUUCCAAAUUAGCAUCAAACAGGAGCAUACUCAGACAGAGCAGAAACUCACCAGCAAACUCUACCUUGUCGAUCUGGCUGGGAGUGAAAAAGUGGGUAAAACCGGAGCAGAGGGUACAGUGCUGGAUGAAGCCAAGAUGAUCAACAAGUCCCUGUCUUCACUUGGAAAUGUUAUUUCAGCACUAGCCGAAGGCUCGGCGUAUGUGCCAUACAGAGACAGUAAAAUGACCAGAAUCCUGCAAGACUCCCUUGGAGGGAAUUGUCGGACCACCAUGGUCAUCUGUUGUUCACCCUCUUCCUAUAAUGAUGCUGAGACUCGGUCUACACUGCUGUUUGGACAAAGGGCCAAGACUAUCAAGAACACAGUGACUCUGAACGUGGAGCUGACUGCAGAGCAGUGGAAAAGCAAAUUUGAAAAAGAGAAAGAAAGAAACAAGGUACUCAGAACAAGCGUAACCUGGCUGGAAACGGAAAUCAACCGAUGGAGGAAGGGUGAGAGUGUGCCAGUGGAGGAACAAUUUGACAAGGAGAAGGCCAAAGAGGAGGCCAAGGUUGCAGAUGUCGUUCCCAACGAUAAGACGGAAGCAGCACCAGCAGCACCGAGUGGCUUUCCUGGCGUCAAACUCACGCCGGCUGAGACGGGACAUUACGAGGCAGAGAUGGCGAAGCUCUAUAAGCAGAUGGAUGACAAGGACGAGGAGAUUAAUCAACAGUCUCAAAUGGUGGAGACACUUUCGGAGCAAUUGUUGGACCAGGAGGAGCUCCUCGCCUCUUCCCGGCGGGACCACGACAGCUUGCAGACGGAGCUGAAACGUCUGCUGACAGAGAACGAAGCUUCCAAGGAAGAGGUGAAGGAGGUGCUACAAGCCCUGGAAGAGCUCGCUGUCAACUACGACCUCAAAAGCCAGGAGGUCGAGAACAAAACACAGGAGUUUGAGGCCCUCAGUGAGGAACUGAAUGAAAAAUCUAACUCUCUGGCCUCAAUCGACUGCGAGCUCCAGAAGCUGAAAGAGAUGACCAACCACCAGAAGAAAAGAAUGGCAGAAAUGAUGACAUCAUUACUGAAGGACCUAACAGAGAUAGGCUUGGCGGUGGGAAGUAAUGACAUUAAGCAACACGAAAGCAGCGGUGUCAUCGACGAGGAGUUCACGACGGUUCGACUCUACAUCAGUAAGAUGAAGUCGGAGGUCAAAACGAUGGUGAAACGCAAUAAACAUCUUGAGAGCUCCCAAGCUGACAGCACCCAGAAGGUUGAAGUAACUGAGAGGGAUUUAACCGCAUGCCAGCUGCGGGUCUCUCAGUAUGAAGCUAAAAUAAAAUCCCUGACAGACAGUCUUCAGAACGUGGAGCAAAAGAAAAGACAGUUGGAAGAAAAUGUGGACUCUCUUAGUGAAGAAAUAGUCAGGACCAGAGCCCAAGAGAGAGUUAAUGCUAUGGAAAAUGAGAUCCAGUCUGCCAAUGAAGUAAAGGAAACUGUGGAGAAGCAGAUCCUGACUCACAGAGAGGCCCAUCAAAGACAGAUCAGCAACCUGAGAGAUGAACUGGACAGCAAGGACAAGCGCAUCACUGAGCUAGAGGAUGAGAACCAGGAGAUCAAGCUGGAACAGGAAAGGAGGCGAGCGGAGCAUGAGAAGCUGAAGGCAGUGGAACAAGAGAAGAGUCGUCAGCUACAGGAGCUCACGGAGCAGCAGGAUAAACGGGAGCAAACAAAGCAGGACCUGAAGGGACUGGAGGAAACAGUGGGUCGGGAGCUGCAGACACUUCACAACCUCAGAAGACUUUUUGUCCAAGACUUGGUGAUUAAAGUCAAAAAGAAUGCCCAGGUGAGCUCAGAAGAAAGAGAAGUCAGCACUGCCCAGAAACGGAAGAUCUCCUACCUGGAAAACAACUUGGAGCAGCUCACCAAAGCUCACAAACAGCUGCUCCAAGACAAUGCAGCCCUCAAUUCGGCGAUUCCUAAAAUGGAGAAGCGCCUGCGGACCACAGUGGAACGGAUCAAAGCCUUGGAGGAUGCUUUGAAGGAGGCCAAAGAGAGCGCCGUUCGCGACCGUAAACGCCACGAAGAGGAAGUUGAGCGCAUUAGGGAGGCCACCAAGCCCAAGAACAUGGCAAGGAGAGGUUCUGCUCAAAUAGCCAAGCCCAUUCGACCAGGCCAGCUGCCAGGCGCCUCGCUCUUGAACCCCAAUGGAAGCAGGUCCAACCUUUUGAGUUUUGGUGGCAUCAAGGAAGGGGAUGACAGCUCGUGAAGGUCGGCUAACUGCCAAGCAUGAAGAUAAAGCCUCGGACACCUCCUUCUUUUUGCUACAAAGUGUACAUACUUCCUGACUGUAUGCAAUUUCUGUACAAGUUGCCCUUUCAAACUUCCCCGAUCUCUCUACAAACAUUCUGUCCUUCAAAAUACAACUGCUUUAAUUUCUUUCCACAUGCUGAAUUAUCCCCCCCAAAAAUAAUUAAAAAGGUAACUUUGCAUUUCUUCAAACAUCUGGGUAAUAAUAAUAAUUUGAAAGCUAACAUGCAUUGUUGUGAUAUAUUUAGAGGAACAAUGUAGUGUUUGUGUGUGCAUUUAUUUAUAUCCAAAAAGUGCAUAGGUCCAACAUUGACACAGGUCUUGGAAUUUUGUCCAAGAUUUAACUUUGUGAGAACUUUACUGCUUGAAAAUCUUAAGUUUUAUUUAUGUACCACUGAUAUUAUGUAAAUUUGCUACUUAAUUGCUCGAGGUGAACUUCAAUGUUUUGUAUGGCCUGACUGUUUUCCAUGGAGAUGUUGCUGUGUUACUGGAUUAGCUCACUGAAUCAUUCAUGAUGAUCCUGCUUGGAUGUGAAACACCCCGUCGUGUUGCCAAAUACUGUGCAGGCAUGCUGUCAACUGUCAAGAUGGGUGAGCCUAUUUGUAUUUUUUUUUUGAAAUGUAAAGCAAUGCAAAUUACAAAAAAAAAAAUGGUUACAUCAUAUGUUAACGAGCCUUAAAGUCAGCUGAGCACCAGUCAUCUGUUAGUGGAAAGUUUGCGGUGUGACCAGAGUGCUACUGAAUAAAAACACAGAGAAAGAA